CCCGCCGGCCACCCGGGCCGCAGCCCCCGGCUGCGCCCUCCCCGCCCGCCAGGCCCUGGAGGGACCCAGCAGCGGCCGCCGGCUUCAGCCCAUGGCCCGGAGGUACGAUGAGCUGCCCCACUACCCAGGCAUUGUGGAUGGCACUGCAGCCCUGGCUGGCUUCUUGGAGGCAGUGCCCUCGGCACCGAGAGCCCCGGGGCCCUACGGCCCCCACCGGCCUCCCCAGCCCCCUCCCCCGGGCUUGGACAGCGAUGGCCUGAAGAGGGAGAAGGACGAGAUCUACGGACACCCGCUCUUUCCGCUGCUGGCCCUGGUCUUUGAGAAAUGUGAAUUGGCCACGUGCUCACCCCGUGAUGGGGCCGGGGCUGGGCUGGGCACGCCCCCGGGCGGUGACAUCUGCUCCUCCGAUUCCUUCAACGAGGACAUUGCUGCCUUUGCCAAGCAGGUCUGCUCCGAGAGGCCCCUCUUCUCCUCCAACCCAGAGCUGGACAAUCUGAUGAUACAGGCCAUCCAGGUGCUCCGCUGCCACCUGCUGGAACUGGAGAAGGGAAAGAUGCCCAUCGACCUGGUCAUCGAGGAGCGGGACGGCGGCUACAGGGAGGAUCUUGAGGACUGCCCGGCGUCCUGCCCCAGCCUCCCGGAUCAGAAUAAUACCUGGAUUAGAGACCAUGAGGACAGUGGGUCUGUACAUUUGGGGACCCCGGGUCCAUCCAGUGGCGGCCUGGCCUCCCAGAGUGGGGACAACUCUAGUGACCAAGGAGACGGACUGGACACAAGCGUGGCAUCUCCCAGUUCUGGGGGAGAGGACGAGGAGCUGGACCAGGAGCGGCGUCGGAACAAGAAGAGGGGCAUCUUCCCCAAGGUGGCCACCAACAUCAUGAGAGCCUGGUUGUUCCAGCAUCUUUCGCACCCGUACCCCUCGGAGGAGCAGAAGAAACAGCUGGCGCAGGACACGGGGCUCACUAUCCUGCAGGUCAACAACUGGUUCAUUAACGCCCGGAGACGCAUCGUGCAACCAAUGAUAGAUCAAUCCAACCGCACAGGGCAGGGUGCAGCCUUCAGCCCGGAGAGCCAGCCCAUGGCGGGCUACGCGGAGACUCAGCCACACAUGACCGGCAGGCCGCCAGGAUCAAUGGGGAUGAGUUUGAACUUAGAAGGAGAGUGGCAUUAUCUGUAGACGCUGGAUUCAGAAGUACCCCAGUCUCCGGACUGUGACCACCAGGCUCACAUCUGGUUCUGGUCCCCGCCUGGCCCUCUGGCUUCAGGACCCCACCUCUUACGGCUCCCUCACUCAACGCCUACCUCCCUGGGGCCCCUCCGGGACAUGGGGGGCCUGAGCGCCCACGCGAGGGUCUCUCAAGGACAAAGACAAGGCCUCCAGGCCCUGCGCCCUGCUUCUGCCUUCACCUCCGCCCAGAACCUGAGCUGAGAUCCUGGGCCUGAGUCUUCAGAAGAUGGCGGCUGGGGGUCCCCCACCUCCAGGACAAAGAAGGGAUCGGAGGUGGGCUGGGGCCAUCAGGAAAGAAGGGUCACCUGGAUCCGACAUUUUGGAGAGGUUUCCUUCAUCCUCCCAGCCCACCCCCCUCCCCUCUUCCCUACCUCCCUUCUCUGAUGUCUUCUACUUUUUUUUUAAUGAUAAAGUCUUAAAAA